AUGUCCGGCUCUCAGGCCCCGGAGCCGGCCCUCAGCGUGCAGGGAGACUCCACAGCCGCCACGGGGAACGAGGACACGGCCGACGACGACGACGGAACCCAGCAUUCUCACCGCAUGCUCAGCUUCAGCGACGCGCUGCUGUCCAUCAUCGCCACCGUCAUGAUCCUGCCUGUGACCCACACGGAGAUCUCCCCCGAGCAGUUUGACCUCAGCAUCCAGAGGCUCCUCGCGACCAGGAUCGCCGUGUACCUGAUGACGUUCCUCAUUGUGACCGUGGCCUGGGCGGCUCACACCAGGCUGUUCCAGGUUGUGGGGAAGAUAGACGACACGCUGGCCUUGCUCAACCUGGCCUGCAUGAUGACCAUCACCUUCCUGCCCUUCACGUUUUCCCUGAUGGUGGCCUUCCCGGAGGUGCCGCUCGGCAUCUUCCUGUUCUGUGCCUGCGUCAUCGCCAUCGGGGCCGUGCAGGCGCUGAUCGUGGUGUAUGCCUUCCGCCUGCCCCACCUCCUGAACCCCCAGAUCGGGCGUUCCGCCCACCGGGGCCUCUACCGGCGGCACAUCCUGCACAUCGUCCUCCGAGGCCCCGCUCUGUGCUUCCUGGCCGCAGGCUUCUCCCUGUUCUUCUACCCGGUGUCGUACCUGCUGAUGGCAACGGUCGUCUUCCUCCCCUACGCCAGCAAGGCGGCCGGCUGGUGCCGAGCCAGGCUCCUGGGCCCCCGGGAGCCGCCAGCCCCCAGCGUGGAGUUCUUCACCUUCGACCUGCAGGAGCCGCUCAGCAAAGAGCGGGUGGAGGCCUUCAGCGACGGGGUCUACGCCAUCGUGGCCACGCUGCUCAUUCUGGACAUCUGCGAGGACAACGUCCCAGACCCCAAGGACGUGGAGGAGAAGUUCCAAGGCAGCCUGGUGGCCGCGCUGAGCGUGGACGGGCCGCAGUUCCUGGCCUACUUCGGCUCCUUCGCCACGGUGGGGCUGCUCUGGUUCGCCCACCACUCCCUCUUCCUGCACGUGCGCAAGGCCACGCAGUCCAUGGGGCUGCUCAACACGCUCUCGCUGGCCUUCGUGGGCGGCCUGCCCCUGGCCUACCAGCAGACCUCGGCCCUCGCCCGGCGGCCGCGCGACGAGCUGGAGAGCGUGCGCGUCAGCUGCGCCAUCAUCUUCUUCGCCGGCGUCUUCCAGCUGGCCAUGUGGACGGCCGCCCUGCUGCACCAGGCCGAGACGCUGCAGCCCGCCGCCCGCUUCGGGGGCCGGGAGCACGCCUUCAUGUGCGCCAAGCUGGCGCUCUACCCCUGCGCCAGCCUGCUGGCCUUCGCCCUCACCUGCGUGCUGAGCAGGUUCAGCACGGCCAUCUUCCACAGCAUGCAGAUCGCCGUGCCUUUCGCCUUCCUGCUGCUGCGGCUGCUCGUGCGCCUGGCGCUGGCCCUCCUGCGAGCCCUGCGGCGCCUGGCCCCGCCCCCCCGGGACACCGCGGACCCGAGGGCCCCCCUGCUGCCCACCCCCUGCUAG